AUGGCCUCGGCGGUGUUUGAGGGCACGUCUCUGGUGAACAUGUUUGUGCGCGGCUGCUGGGUGAAUGGCAUCCGCAGGCUCAUCAUCAACCGGCGCGGCGAUGAGGAAGAGUUCUUCGAAAUCCGUACCGAAUGGUCGGACCGCAAUGUGCUCUACCUGCACCGCAGCUACGCUGACCUGGGCCGCCUGCUACGGCGCCUAAGAGACUCCUUCCCCGAGGACCGGCCGGCGCUGGCGCGCUCCCCGCUGCUGCCAGGGCUAGUUGCGAUAAAGGACGCCCAUGAUAUUGAGACCAGGCUUAAUGAGGUGGAAAAGCUUCUCAAGGCAAUCAUCAGCAUGCCGUGUAAAUACUCCAGGUCAGAAGUUGUGCUCACCUUCUUUGAAAGAUCCCCUCUGGAUCAAGUGUUAAAAAAUGAUAAUGUCCACAAAAUUCAGCCCAGUUUUCAAAGUCCAGUGAAAAUAUCAGAAAUCAUGAGGUCCAAUGGCUUUUGUUUAGCAAACACAGAAACAAUUGUAAUUGACCACAGUAUACCAAAUGGAAAGGACCAACACCUGGAUGUGGACUCAACAGAGCAUCUGUUUGAGAAUGGCAGUGAGUUUACCUCAGAGCUGGAGGAUGGCGAUGACCCUGCAGCCUAUGUCACCAACCUGUCCUAUUACCAUCUGGUCCCCUUUGAGACAGACAUUCUGGACUGA